GGCCUCCCUCUGUUUUGACUCAUACGACUCUUACACCUUCACUCACCCCCUUCUCUCCACUGGCCCAUAUAUACCAUAUAUAAUCUGUUCGUCCCAGCGUCGACUUACAUCCUUACAUACCUUUGUUGCUCUUCUUUCUUUGAACAAGACUCAAUCGUUUAACACCAUCAAAAUGAAGGUCAACACUCUCGCUGUUAUUGCCCUCGGUCUCCUCUCCGGAGAGGCUCUUGGCCAGUCCACCAACACCGGCGCCGGUGCCUCUGCUUCUGCCGCCGUCUCAUCUGCCGCUGCUGCCGGUAGCUCCAUUGCCUCCAGCAUUGCUUCUGCUGCCUCGUCCGUGGCCAGCAGCGUCGAAAGCGCCGCCUCUUCUGCUGCCUCUGCUGCGUCCUCUGCCGCCUCCUCUGCUUCAUCUGCUGCCUCCAGCGCCUCAACUGCCGCUACUGGAUCUACCACUUCUGGCAGCAGCACCAGCACUGGCCCCGUCAGCACCACUGUCACCUCCGUGGAGUCCGGCACUACCAUCCCUGCCACGACCAUUCCCGGAACCACCAACAGCCAAACCACCAUUGCUCCUACUACUGUCCGGGGAAGCACUCGUCCUGCCUCUACUGUCACUUUCACCACCACUUCUUCUACCGGCCUGGCCAUUGCUCCCACCGCUGAUGCCAAGCUGCUGGCUCCCAUCAUCGGUGCUGCCGCCGCCAUGCUGAUGCUGUAAAGCAAUUUUCGUCAAUAUUUCCAUGUUCACUACUACGACUCCUUCCUGGUUUACAUAUUCGUUGGAGGACUUAAUAAUAUGGAGUGGGAAAUGAGGAUGUGGAUGUAAAGGGUUUUGCUUGUCCAGAUACAAAAGAGAAUUUACGCAUAAUGGACCUAUCUACUAAUUAAUUGGUGUGCUUUGGUGUGCUUUCCGUUUUUUUUUUCAAUACCUGUCCACCGGAGACACACGACGGCGUUACUCUUAAUUGACCGCUCAAGUCACUGAUGUUUACGAAGUGUAUGGUGAUUAAUGGUUACAUAGCUAAAGUGAAGAGUUCAAAAACAGAUUUACGCAAUUUCAAACUGGUGGCAUCAUUCCGUGAUUUGCUUAUUCAGAGUUACAUAACA